GGUGUAUUCGACUGAACUCCAGCAGCAUUGAUAUAUCACGAAGUGAAAUUUUGUUGGAUCAAAUAUGGAUCAACCAGCUCAUGAUAAUUCUGACAUCCCUGGACAUGGACACCAGAAGCGCAAGCGCACUAAAGACAUCACCAAGGGUUCAAAGCGAUGGGUCAUCCUGGUUGCUGUAUUUUUUGUCUCCUUCUUCGAAAACGGUAUAGUGAGAGCGGUCUCACUAAUUAUCAACGAUCUCACAAGAGAGUUUGAUGUCAGUGCUGCCUACAUAGGAUCCAAUCUUGGACUUUCCUUCAGUCUUGCAUAUUUCUGUGGAUUUUUCAAUAUCCUUCUGCUUUGGCGAUUCUCGGUUCGACAGCUGGUUAUGUUUGGUGGAACGAUUUCGAGCGUGGGGCUUCUAAUUUCAUCCCUUGCCCAAACAAGUUUCCAGUUUUCGGCUGCCUAUGUAACGUAUGGUAUAGGGAAAAUCUUCGUCAUUCUUCCAACAAGCACAUGCCCCAAGGAUUAUUUUCCCGAUCGUCUACCAAUAGCUACAGGAACGAUUCUCUCAGGAGGAAGCGCUGGGAUCAUCACGGUACCCUGGUUAUUUGAGAACCUCCUCCGUUGGUACGGCUGGAGGGGUUCUCUCUUAAUCCUAGCUGGGUUGAACUGCCAUAUAGUGGCCAUUGGUGCCCUUUUGGAACCAUUACGGAGCAAGGUUGAUGAUGGCAAGAAUGUAUCUGAAGGUGAAGACAUGGUUCUAACUAAUGUUGAUUUGGAAAUCGACGACGAAGAAUGUGCAAGUGUUAAUGAUCAGGAAGGUGGACAAGGACGCUCGGACGCAGACGGGCAGGACCAAUUUACGGUGAUCCAAGACGAUUCAUAUAGCUAUACCGAAUCUCAAGCUUCUGUUGUGACUGGAUACAUUGUGGAGAGCGGGUCUGAAACCGAAAUCAAGUCAGCAACAUGUCCAAACUGCCUAUCUAAAGCCCUGCGCUUACUGGGGUUCAGCGUCUUUAAAGAUCGACCAUUAAUGGUCCUUUGCUUUAUCGAAGGGUUUUUGUUCUUCUAUUCUUACAACACUUGGAUUUCAUACGAGAUCCCAAACGCAUUAGCCAAGGGUCUUUCCCCACAAGAAGCAGUGCUUGUGUCUGUCACAGGUGGUGUCGCCAACUUCAUCGGUCGUCUAGGAAUAGGCUUCCUUUGGUCAUUGCCAGGGAUCAGGUUUGAUCUCUGGUACUCACUUAUCUUUCUCCUCUCGGCAGCUGCAUUCUGGACCAAUUACGUCGCGGAAACCUUUAAUUUUGUUGUGACACUAUCCGCCUGUUUUGGCUUAUUAAUGGGAGCCAAAGUGACGUCACAGAUACAGUCGAUAUACCUUGUUGUGGGCGAAAGCUAUUAUAAGGCUGGUGUGUCCAUGUUUUUCAUUGGUGUGGGACUAAGCUUUCCGAUAUCAGGAGCAGUCAUUGGGCGUCUGUACGACCUCACAGAGUCUUACGAUAUAGCAUUUGUGAUUAUUGCGGCUGUGGAUGUCACGGUUGUUCUCCUCAACGGUGCCAAACUUUGCUGGAAGCGAUAUCGAAGGAGCCCACCAGGAGGAUGAGCACGUCAACAAAAAAUAUACAAUUCAUUGCAAUGGAGCACAUCAGCGCAAAGUUUCUUCGAGACAGACCCUCAGCAUUUUCUAGAGUGUAUUAUCUUUCUUCCCCCUGUGCACCAAAAACAAUGCCAGUCAAACCCAGCUCCACACACGUAGUUAUUUUAUACUUCAUUCGCAACCUUCACACAACCCGCCAAAAUCUCCUCAGCAACUUUUCUAGCUCAAGCAACCCUUAAGCCAGCCUGACACUUGCAGUGCGCAAACUAGUCGUGAACUGGCGUGAAGUGUGCGUAAAUACGUCGUGACACGUCGUGACUGUGUGCCAUGUCGGGACGAGAAUUUUGAAAUGUUCAAAAUUUUGGUCACGACAAAAUUUAGCGAUCAGGUCGUGAAC